AUGGUCCAGCUUGACGGUAGAACUGGGGAAGGCGGGGGCCAACUCGUGCGAUUGGCCAUUUCACUCGCAGCUAUCACGGGGUCGCCCGUAAGGAUUGAAAAUGUCCGCGGAAACAGGAAAGGAGGCCGUGGUGGUGGUACCGGUGGUGGGCUCAAAGCGCAGCAUACUGCGUGCAUUCAAACUCUUGUAGAUGCUACCGGAGCAGAAGUCACAGGCUGUUCUGUAGGAAGCAAAAUUGUGGAAUUCAGGUCAAAGCUGUCCCCUGCGGAUCUGAUUAAUCGAAAGAUCCAGGUCAAAGCAGAUUCCGCUGCCAGCAUAUUGCUCGUCUUCCAAGCACUUCUUCCAUUCCUACUUUUUGCUGGGGACGAUACAGGCUCUCCAGUCACAGCCACCAUUCAGGGCGGAACCAAUGUUAGCUUUUCUUUAUCAUUCGAAUAUCUGGACCAGGUUCUAUUGCCAUCACUUGAGAGAUUUGGAGUAAAAGUCGAGCGUAAAUUGGAGUAUCGCGGCUGGUCUCAUGGCAGCCGUCAAAUUGGUUCAGUGAAAUUCAAGGUCACUCCUCUUCCACCAGGACAAUCACUCACGACGCCAGAAUGGCCAUUGGAACGAGGCAAUAUCACAAAGAUCGACGUUUCAAUAAUAGUUCCUCGUGCUUUAUAUGCAACCCUCAAGAAAGCCAUUCUUUUCGAACUAGGACUGGUCUUCCCGGACGUCGAAGCAGAUUUCGUAAUAGUCGAGGACAGCAGACACGACGCGCGGAUGUACACCCUUCUUGUUGCUCAUACCUCAACUGGAUUACGAUUUGGACGAGACUGGCUCUAUGACAGGAAGUCCAAGAACAAACCUCUGGACGAUCUGAGCACAGAGAUUGCACAGAAGGUUGUCGACGAACUGGACGCAGAAGUCAGGAAGGGAGGACUAGUUGAUGAAUAUCUCCAAGAUCAGCUUAUUGUUUUCCAAGCACUUGCAGAAAGGAAGUCCAGCAUUCCAGGGUCAAACGACACUGCCACAUCAGACCCAAAGCGUGUGGAGAGAAUGGAUGAGCCUUUUGGCGAUGGCAGCACGCAUACAACUACUGCAAGAUGGGUAAUUGGUCAGCUGCUUCCAAAUGUCAAGUGGAUUGACAAAGCACAUCCGGAAAAACCUCCAAACCCCUACGAAAUGUCGAUCGUUCUCGACGUCAAUUAUAUACCCCGAGCCAACAACUGGCCCACUGGCUUCUCUGGCUACAUCUGUGGCACCAUCCCCUUCGACGACGCGCCCUGCGCCUCCAACCCAAAACUUAGUAAUAUUGGCACCACCCAACCCUCGACCUUCACCCAAUGCUGCAAUGGCCCCAUCAUUAACAUAACCUCCCCCUCCACCGCCCCCUCCGACCCGUCUAACGGUGCUUCAUGCCUCGCCUACUGCGAUGUAGAUUUCGCACGCACAAUCGAUAACGGGACGGGUUAUGGCUUUGGCGAUUACUGGGACUGUUUGUCAAACCAAAAUGCCGAUGCUUUUGGACCAGAUGCUGUGACUGGAUCGGUCACUUGUGGUUGGGUCAAUACGAGUACUCAUGAGAUGUGCGAGAUUAGUGUUAGUGUGGAACAGAGUUAUUAUUCGCUGAGUACGGCUUCCGCGGCGAUGGGGAAUGCCACUGCGUCGGGCGAUGUAGCUACUACAGCUACUGCGUCGAAAACCUUUGCGUCUUGUCCUGCUGAAUUGACACCGACAGCGACUUCGAGUGCUGCGGCUACGGCAACGGGCAGUAAGUCGAAUGCGGUACGGGUAAAGGGAGAGGUGGGGAUGAUUUCGGUUGGAACGGGACUGUUAAUGCUUGGGUUUGGGAUGCUGCUCUUCUUAUAA